UUUGCUAAAAGUCAUGUUGGUAAAACGAAAACUUAAGAUAGAAUUGAAAAUGUCUUUGCAACAUCAAUCGACCGAAGAGUUUUUUGAUUUUUUAAUACCAGUAUAAUGGACCAAUAAAUAAUAUUAACGCCGAUUAGCCAUUCGAGAAUGAACUUUUUGUGCUCACGUUUACUUGAGCUAAUUCAAUAGACUCUCCAUCACUGAAGAUUUAUUUCAAGAGUCAUCUCAAGAUAAACUUCAAUUCCAGUCGAAAGCUCAUUUCGAGCUCUUGAAAUUACAAAUCGCAGGCUUUGUUUUUAAUUCGCUCAAAAUUCUUCAUUUUAACUUAAACAUCAGCAUUUUAAAUUAAAAUUUAUCGACCAAAAAUUCGCACCUCUGACCAAAGAAGUUUCAAAAAGUCAAACCAAUCGUACAUAGUUUUUGCCGACUAACUUAAUGUUUUACACAUUGCUCUGAAUCAAACCAACCAACUAAUCUAACGAAUUUCUCACCCACAAAAAUAGCAUAAGCUAUCUCCUAUCUGAGAACGGAAAGAAAAGAGAGAAGAGUACCUUGUAAUAUUGAAUCUUUCAUUGUUAUUCCGUCAUUAAAAACAAUACCAGCUAAAAAUUAUUCUUUUUGUUGCGGUCAAUUACUAUCAACUCGCUCGACUAGUGAACCCCGAAACUUUGUUUGUUUUUCGUCUCUAUUUUGUUAGCGCCUUGUUUGUUGCAUAUUCCGCCUUCAAAACACAAGUUCGAAUCAAGUGGGCUUAAAUGAUCUUUUUCGGAUCCGCUGAUAAACAUCUUGAAACUAAGUUACUGAAAAGCCAGCUUGCUGCAAUUAUGCGAUUUAGUGGAUUUUGUUAGAGGUACUUUUUCCAGGGAGAGACCCGGAAAGAUUAACUAGUUUACAAAACGGAAAGAUUUGCUCGAAUCGAACAGCUAUCAAACUUGUGCUCUUCUCCAAAGUGAAGUCUUGUCGAUAAGUAGGACAAAAAUUCGGUUUAAAGGAGUAUUUCACAGCUCUUCAGUUUAGUUUGAGUUUUUCGAGCGAAAGUUCAACAUAAUGAUGAUAAAAUAAUAAGUCCCAUAUUCAUAAGCCCAGAUUAAGCAUUAUUGUUUCUUCAUUUGUUGACUUCUCCUUUAUUCUUUUUUGGGCACUUUAUUUAGACCAAAAUAGCUUCCACAAAGAAGAACAGUUUGGAAACCAAAUAUCUGAGAUUUGAAUUCUAAUUGAGAAUUCAUAGCUUUACUGUUUAAUUUACGACUGGAAACAAAUUUGACAUCAAGAAAGAACGCUUAAGGAAAAUAGCGUUUCCACAUUUGAAAGUUUUCAUAUUUCGAUAAUUCAAUCUUCAACCUUUGUAGGCUGAAACAAAGUCAACAAAGGUCGGCGAAAAUCAAUUGAGGUCAUCUAAGCGAGAGACGAAAGAGAUACCGUUCUUGUAAAUGGCAGCGACAGUUCAUUCUGAGAGGACUUGGAAGGUCGAGUUCCUCAAGUACUUCCAGCGGUUCUUGGGAGAUACCUGGUUCCUCUGCAAGUGCAACGAGAAAGACCCCAUUCCCGAGAGGUGGAGACGAUUCAGGGAUUCGGCUAAAGUCAGGUUCUGCUGCGAGUCGUGCAGCAACGGGUGGACUUCGAUGAAGGGGCGAAUAGUGUUUUGGUUCUACCUGGACUACAGGACCAGAGUGGGCUACUGUCUGUUCAAACUGUACGGUCAGAAGUGCAAGAAGUGCAACAAGAACAUGGUGUUCGAACCCCCCAUGUGGUACCCAGAGGAAAUCAACAAGGUGAUCUGCAACGUGUACAACAGGAUAGGCGAAGUGUACUACAACUUCCAGAAGACGACUCUGCUGGUGGACAGGAGAGACGGCAGACCCAGACUGCAGCACAACAGGGACCUCUGCCAGGCGUGUCAGACUGGCGAGUGCUGGAACGGACCGGGCGACAUCAUCAACGCAGAGGGACAGCACAUGUCAAGCAGAGCAGCACUCGAAGGAACAUCGGAUGAUCUAAGCUCACCAAAUUCCAUCAGCGAAGGAACUGGAAGCGAGACAUCGGCUGCCGAGAAAGACAACCAAAGCCCCGAGAGUUUAAACCACGAAGCGAUCAAAAGCGAAACAGACUAUGAAGCCGAGAGCGAAUCGAGCAAGACUCUCCGAACUCCAGAGGCUGUACGAAAUCCCGAAUCGGAUGACAGCGGAGUUAACUCGUCUCAUUCCGAGUCAAAGCCGAUUGUUCCGAAGGAGCUGACGAUUCCUCAGUCGGGGUUCAACUACUUCGCCCCUCCCCCUCAUCACCCCCACCCAAUGAUGCACAACCCAAAUAUGGGAUUUCUGAUGUCCCCACCUGGCGGUGGAUUGAUGUUCCCGCCGACCCCAACUCAAACCAUGAGCUCACCCAACAUGCUUAAGAACAAUCCGCUGAUAUACAACUACCCUCACGUGCGAGGUUUCCCGGGUUCGAAACCAGCCGGGCCUCCAAUGGAUUUGUCGCCAACUUGGACUCAUUUCAAUUUGUACCACGCUUUAAACCGAAUGUAUAUAUCUUAA